UCCAUUGCAACAAGGAAUCGGUGAACAACGUGGGCAUAAAAUUCAUUACUAUAUGGAAACUAAGGAGGGAAACAACGAGAGUGAAUCUCCGGUGCUUUUGAUAUCUCAGGGCCUUAAGUUUAUGAAACAUAUAAUCUACAAUUUAUUUGAGAAUGAAUUUCGCUACUUAAGUACUCCGACAACGAGGAAAAUAUUGAGCGACAAGAAGGUUCUAGGUUCCAGCUCCAGUUAUGGAUGGUUGAGCUUAGUGCAACCGCUUGGUGAUGGUUGCGACUGUUGUCUUUUCAAUCCAAUAUCCAAGGAUAAAAUCGACCUCCCGAAACUAGACAACGGGGACAGUUACAACAAAUUUAUCAUGACCAAACGCCCCACUGAACCUGAUUGUUACAUCAUCUUCAGCAGCGAGCGCCAUGAAUUGUCUUUCUGUCGGAUUGGAGAUGAAGAAUAUGUGAAAGUGCCUUUAGACGGACAUGAUAUUGGUUUCGAUGAAGAAGGAGGCUUCAGGGCUGAUUUAAUGGCGAUUGUAUGUUUCCGAGGUAAGAUUUACGGCUUUAUAGAACCUAACAAAUUCGUCACGAUUAAUUUUGUGGACAAGAGUCUCGAGUAUGAAAGGCCGGUAACUUUGAUGAAUGAAGACGGCACUUGGCCUUGGAUUAUUCCACGUGUUUCGAAUAGCCGAGUUAAUGGCAUAUGGUUGAUCGAAUCUUUCAGUACUGAUGAGCUCUUGCUUGUUCUGAAAACAUACCCGUGCCUAACUGUCAAAGACAGUUCGGAAUUUAGGGUUUUCAGUGUAGAUACGAAUGGAAUGACGUGCAUGGAGGUAGAGAAUAUAGGCAAUCGGACAAUUUUUGUGACACGCGAUGAUGGUGGAUAUUGCUGCCCUACUCCUAUAGGAAUUAAACCCAACUCCAUUUACUAUACAAAUAUCAGAGACCGGAAUUACAAUGUUUUUGAUUUGGAAGAUAGGAGCAAAACUUCGAUGCCGAUACCCGGUGGAGUUGCAGUGUGGUCGAAAGCCGUUUGGGUCCAACACCAAAUGUUCAAGAAUUUUAUGCACAAAAUAUAAAUAUAUGAUUUUUUUUAUUUUUUUAUUUUUUUUACUUAAUGAUAGAAAUCUAUGACACUUGGUUAUUCUUGUCACAUUAUUACUCAUUUUUACUUGCUGUUUUAAUUUAUUUUCCAGUCAUUAUUCCUUCAAAUUACGAAAAUCGCCAUUGUGUUAAUGGAAACGCACACCAAAUCCCUCGUGUGUUCAUUUUAUUGCGUAAAAACUUAUAGUACGAGACAAUUUUUUUUCCUUCAUAAGAUGCAUGCAUUUUUAUUUAAUUAUACUUGGAGCCCGUCCUUUCAUCAAUAACUUUUCGACUUGAAAAUAUAUGCUAAAGAGUAUUAGCAAAAUCAAGAAACUGAAAAA